GGUAGCGUUGGCGGCGGCGGCUCCUCCUCGGCCAUCCCCUCGGAGCCGUGCAGCUGACGCGCAUGGCGAAGACAGCGGCGCCUACCGAUGGGAGCAGCGGUUCUCGACUGGACUGGGUUGGUGGCCUGAAUGUAUUAGCUUCACUGCGUCUGCCCAAGAGAAAUAAGAAUGUCUAAGCCCCUGGAGGCCGAGAAGCAAGGUCUGGACUCCCCAUCAGAGCACACAGACACUGAAAGAAAUGGACCAGACACUAAUCAUCAGAACCCCCAGAAUAAGACCUCCCCAUUCUCCGUGUCCCCAACUGGCCCCAGCACAAAGGUGGGCAUUCUCUCUGGCCUCCACUUAACAUUCUGGGGUCCCGGACCCUGCCUCUCUCCCCCCCAGAUCAAGGCUGAAGACCCCAGUGGUGAUUCAGCCCCAGCAGCACCUCUGCCCCACCAGCCGGCCCAGCCUCAUCUGCCCCAGGCCCAACUCAUGUUGACGGGCAGCCAGCUAGCUGGGCUCACGGCGCUGAUGCCAGCCCAGCAGCAGCUCCUCCUGCAGCAAGCCCAGGCCCAGCUCCUGGCCGCCGCCGUGCAGCAGUCCAGUGCCGCGGCUGCCGCUAACGCCGCUGCCGCCGCUGCCUCUGCCUCUUCCUCCACUUCCUCCACCUCCUCUUCUGCCUCCUCCUCGACCUCACAGCCCCCAGCCUCCUCUGGGGGGGGUGACCUGCCACCACCACAGCCUGCCAGCCAGCCCUCUGGGACCCCACAGCUUACCUUGUCCCAGCCUAUCCAGCUCACAGCACAGGACAUACAGCAGCUCCUCCAGCUCCAGCAGCUGGUGCUUGUGCCAGGCCACCACCUCCAGCCACCUGCUCAGUUUCUGCUGCCGCAGGCCCAGCAGAGCCAGCCAGGCCUGCUACCGACACCAAAUCUAUUCCAGCUACCUCAGCAAACCCAGGGAGCUCUUCUGACCUCCCAACCCCGGGCCGGGCUUCCCACACAGGCUGUGACCCGCCCCACGCUGCCCGACCCGCACCUCUCGCAUCCGCAGCCCCCCAAAUGCUUGGAGCCACCAUCCCACCCCGAGGAGCCCAGUGAUCUGGAGGAGCUGGAGCAGUUUGCCCGCACCUUCAAGCAACGCCGCAUCAAGCUGGGCUUCACCCAGGGUGAUGUGGGCCUGGCCAUGGGCAAGCUCUACGGCAACGACUUUAGCCAGACGACCAUUUCCCGCUUUGAGGCCCUCAACCUGAGCUUCAAGAACAUGUGCAAACUCAAGCCCCUCUUGGAGAAGUGGCUCAACGACGCAGAGACUAUGUCUGUGGACUCAAGCCUGCCCAGCCCCAACCAACUGAGCAGCCCCAGUCUGGGUUUCGAUGGGCUGCCUGGCCGUAGACGCAAGAAGAGGACCAGCAUUGAGACAAACGUCCGCUUCGCCUUAGAGAAGAGUUUUCUAGCGAACCAGAAGCCUACCUCAGAGGAGAUCCUGCUGAUCGCCGAGCAGCUGCACAUGGAGAAGGAAGUGAUCCGCGUCUGGUUCUGCAACCGGCGCCAGAAGGAGAAACGCAUCAACCCCUGCAGUGCGGCCCCCAUGCUGCCCAGCCCAGGGAAGCCGGCCAGCUACAGCCCCCAUAUGGUCACACCCCAAGGGGGUGCGGGGACCUUACCGUUGUCCCAAGCUUCCAGCAGUCUGAGCACAACAGUUACUACCUUAUCCUCAGCUGUGGGGACGCUCCACCCCAGCCGGACAGCUGGAGGGGGUGGGGGUGGGGGCGGGGCUGCGCCCCCCCUCAAUUCCAUCCCUUCUGUCACUCCCCCACCCCCGGCCACCACCAACAGCACAAACCCCAGCCCUCAAGGCAGCCACUCAGCUAUCGGCUUGUCGGGCCUGAACCCCAGCACGGGAAGCACAAUGGUGGGGUUGAGCUCCGGGCUGAGUCCAGCCCUCAUGAGCAACAACCCUUUGGCCACUAUCCAAGCCCUGGCCUCUGGUGGAACCCUGCCCCUUACCAGCCUUGAUGGCAGCGGGAACCUGGUGCUGGGGGCAGCUGGCGCCGCCCCGGGGAGCCCCGGCCUGGUGACCUCACCGCUCUUCUUGAACCAUGCUGGGCUGCCCCUGCUCAGCACCCCGCCUGGCGUGGGCUUGGUCUCAGCAGCGGCUGCAGCCGUGGCAGCCUCCAUCUCCAGCAAGUCUCCUGGCCUCUCCUCCUCAUCCUCUUCAUCCUCAUCCUCCUCCUCCUCCACUUGCAGUGAGGCAGCAGCACAGACCCCUGGAGGCCCAGGGGGACCCGAGGCAGGGUCCAAACCUGAGUGAGGGCCAGCCAUGCCUCCCCUCCCACUCCUCUGACCCCCGCCUUGGUCUCUUGCCUGGGAAGAGGGCAAGGAGGCCAGUGGUGGGGACACAGAGGGUCCUCGGAGCAGGAGUGACAAGGGAGGAACAACCAAAAAAACCAACCAACCAAAAAAAAAGAAAGAAACUAACUAACCAACAAAAGAGAAAACCAAAAAUAAUCACAACAGAAACCAGCUGCCCCAAAGGAACCAGAGGUGAAAAACAAAAAAACCAAAACCAAACCAAA